AUGUGGGGCCCAGUACUGCUUUUGGCUAGUAUGCAGCAGGAACCUAGUCCACGCAUCCGUGAGGACAAGUACCACCCACUGAAGUGCAGGGCAGCAGAGGCCAGCUUAUAUACAGGGAAAGAUAAGGGCAGGCUGUGCGCACUGGUCCGUGCACAGCUGGUCCAUGCACAGCAUGCUGAUGCGGCCCAGGGGGCCGAAUAUAGUAGGGAUGCGCACCACCCGACCUUUGGGAAAGGAAAGGCAGCAGAGGCAGGCUUAUAUACAGGGGAAGAUAAGGGCAGGCUGUGCGCACUGGUCCGUGCACAGCUGGUCCAUGCACAGCUGGUCCAUGCACAGCUGGUCCGUGCACAGCUGGUCCAUGCGCAGCAUGCUGACGCAGCCCUGGGGGCCAGUGAGUCAGUAUGGCUGUGUCAGUGGAGCCCGAGCUGUGCUGCGCACUGCCGUCCCAUCUAUUCUAAUCUAUCUACAGGGAAGUAA